AGAGAGAGAGGGAGAGAGAGAGAGAGAGAGAGAGAGAGAGAGAGAGAGAGAGCUUCAGAGUCAAAUUCCUUCACCUAUAAACUCGAAUUCCCCAGUGACUUUCUACUACUACAACUUAAAAAAAAACACAGCCUGGAAAACAAGUGCAGUUCAAGGAUGCAAUACCUCAGCAUAACCAGCAGGAUGAGGGCUGUGCUGCUGCUGCUUUUGAUGUCUCUUCUCGCAGUUAAUACUGUAGCGGCUGGUGGAAAAAACAGGAAAGAGAAAGUCAAACCUCCCAAGUCUGGAACGGAAUGCACUGACUGGCGCUAUGGCAACUGUGUCCCUAGCAAUGGAGAUUGUGGGGUGGGCUUUAGACAGGGGUCAUGUGACCAACAAACCAGGAAGAUGAAAUGUAAAGUGCCCUGCAACUGGAAAAAAGACUUUGGAGCUGACUGUAAGUAUCGUUUUGGUAGCUGGGGAGAGUGUGAUCCAAGCUCUGGCUCACGGAUCAGAGUAGGGAUGCUGAAGAAGGCUCUAUAUAAUGCUGAGUGUCAACAGACUAUUUCUGUCUCCAAGCCUUGCCCUGGAAAAACCAAGACAAAGACCAAAGGGAAGAAGGGAAGGGGGAAGGAGAACUAAAGAAGGGAGGAGGAGAGGGGACACUCCAGCAAGCCGCAAGAUAGUCUUAUGGGACAAAGAAAGAGAAGGAGUAAUAGCCUGAUAGUGGCUCACAAGAAUGGAUUUACAAGUCUUUGCAGAGUAAAUCUUAAUACUCAAGGUUUUUUAAACCACAUGAGAAACACGAGAUAGGCUGUCAGAAGGAUAUCAAAUUUGUCACAAAAUAAUAAAAGUCAGUUUUUUCUGUUACUCGUUAUUGCAUCCUGAAGAGCUAGACCUUCUUCCUAACUACAGUUCCAUCUCACAUCAAGUAAAAUGGUCAAACCAGUCACUAUGCGUUAUGUUUAUCAGAAUGUAAAUCAUUCAAUAACUGUUAAUAAAAUAAAUGAGUGAAUAUAUGAAUAAAUAAAUACAUACAGU